GUCCUUCAUGGAAGCUGCACUAAUUUUCAUUUCUUUAUCCUUUAUAUAGCUCAAAGUUUGAGUUGCUUAGUUCUCUUGUAUCACAUUUUGGCCUAUAAUGGUGCGCUUGAGGAGUUCAACUAAACUCAUGGACAGGGUUCCGUUUCUGUGCCUUGUUCUUGUUUUUGCACUAAUUUUUCCAUUCAAAUCAUCAACAGCUUUUAAUUUGAGCAUGGGAUCCUUUCUUUCAGUAGAAAAUCCAUCUCAAACUUUGAUGUCUCCGGACGCAGUAUUUACCGCUGGCUUUUUUCCGGUCGGUGAAAAUGCGUUCUGCUUUGGAAUAUGGUUCUCGGAGCCAUCAACCAGUACUCACAACCUCACCGUGGUGUGGAUAGCAAAUCGUGACGAGCCGGUCAACGGUCAACGCUCUAAGCUCACCCUGCACAAAAGUGGAAACCUUAUUCUCUCCGACAUCGACCGAUACACCGUGUGGUCCUCCAACACAGCUUCAAACUCAUCGGCCCACUUGCACCUUAGAAACACCGGCAAUCUUGUUCUGCUCGCUGCGCACGGCGGCGGCGUAUUGUGGGAAAGCUUUGCUUCGCCGACGGACACACUUUUGCCUCAGCAAGCGCUCACUAGAAACACACAGCUCAUUUCUUCAAGAAGCCUCGCCAACUAUUCCUCCGGCUUCUACUCUUUUUACUUCGACAACGACAACACUCUUCGUAUGCUCUACAACGGCCCCGAGGUUUCGAGCAUUUACUGGCCUGAUCCAUGGCUUCUGAGUUGGCAAGUAGGAAGAUCCACAUACAACAACAGUCGAAUUGCAACUUUUGACAGCUUGGGAAAUUUUAGUGCAUCUGAUAAUUUUAUCGUUUGGACAAUCGACUACGGUGCAAAUUUGCAGCGAAUAUUCAGGAUGGAUGUAGAUGGUAAUCUCCGAGGUUACAGUCGAAAAGGUCCUGGAGAUAAAUGGAUUGUUACAUGGGAGGCAGUUUUACAACCUUGUAAAAUUCAUGGCAUAUGCGGAGCCAAUAGCUAUUGCAGCUAUAUUCCUAGUACAGGUAGGAAAUGCUCAUGCCUGCCGGGUUAUGAAAUAAUCAGUAAAACCGAUUGGUCUUAUGGGUGUAAACCGGCUGGUUUCAAUCUGUCCUGCAAGAGUAGUGCACGGGAGGAGUUUGGUUUUGUGCAUCUUCCACGUAUUGAGAUGUAUGGUUAUGAUUAUGCCGUCUAUGGAAAUUACACAUUAGAUGAGUGCAAAAGUUUGUGCCUGGACUUGUGCAACUGUACUGCAUUCCACCACAAAUUUGGUGGUGGUCAGUAUCAGUGUUAUCCCAAGGCGCAAUUACGAAAUGGGUACCGGUCACCUGCAUUUGAUGGGGAGCUGUAUGUCAAGCUACCAAAAGGCCUCCUCAAUGCUACCUAUAGAGAUACCAACAUGUGCUCAGCUAAACUUACAGCACAGCUUGACAGAACAUAUGAAAGAAGCAAGCCCAAUGGAUCGAUUGAGUUUAUGCUGAAAUUUGCAUCUGCCUUGGGAGUAAUAGAGGUUAUUUGCAUCUUUGUUGUGUGGUUUUUUGUGACAAGAAGAAGCGGUGGAGAUAAAAAAGAUUCAGAAUUAGAACUACUUGCUCAAGGCUACCUUCAAGCUGCCAGUGGAUUCAGAAGGUUUACUUACUCUGAGCUGAAGAAGGCCACAAAAGGUUUUAAAGAAGAGAUUGGCAGAGGAGGAGGAGGAGUUGUGUACAAAGGCAUAUUGUCUGAUCAACGAGUUGCAGCGAUCAAGCAACUGAAUGAUUGUAAACAAGGGGGUGAAGCAGAGUUCCUUGCAGAAGUGAGCCUUAUUGGUAAGCUCUACCAUAUGAACUUGAUAGAGAUGUGGGGUUAUUGCGUAGAAGACAAGCAUAGGCUUCUAGUGUAUGAGUACAUGGAGCAUGGUUCUUUGGCGAAAAAUUUAUCUUCCAAUGUGCUUGAUUGGAAGAAGAGGUAUGAAAUUGCUCUAGGCACAGCGAAAGGCCUGGCUUAUCUACAUGAAGAGUGCUUGGAAUGGGUUUUACACUGUGAUGUGAAGCCGCAAAACAUACUAUUGGACUCCGACUACAAUCCAAAGGUAGCUGAUUUUGGAUUGUCCAAGCUAUUAAACAGAGGUGAGAACACCAGCUCGGACUUCUCGAGGAUAAGGGGAACCAGAGGUUACAUGGCUCCGGAGUGGGUGCACAAUAUGCCAAUCACUUCCAAAGUGGAUGUUUACAGUUACGGGAUUGUUGUAUUGGAGAUGCUGACCGGAAAGAACCCAACUGAAAGCAACGUUCAAUCUGUUGAAGGUGGAGGGGAGACACAGAAGCAAAUAAUGGUCAAAUGGGUCAUGGAGAAAAUGGAUGGAGCGUUUACAAAUGCAGAGACUGAGAUGGGAGGUGAAAAUGGAGAGGGUAAGCUGGAAAUUCUUGUUAAAGUGGCUCUUCAGUGUAUAGAGGAAGACAGAAAUGCAAGACCCUCAAUGAGUCGAGUAGUUGAGAUGCUUCUACAUCUUGAAUUGUAGGGGUGCCUGUUCAUAUUCUGGGAUGUCAACAGUAUGUUCUUAAAUCAAAAUUUGCUCUCUUUAGUA